CAUCUCAUUCGAUCACAAAUCGUGAACGCGAUUGUAGAAACAUGUCUGCCGUUUGUGUUAUUUGACGUAAAUAUUGGCGAAAUCCGUAUUGUGUUUGCAUCUGCCUUGGUGAUUUUCGGUGCUAAUCGAAGUUUAUGAUGUGUGUGAUAGUGCAGUGAUCUGUUCAUAUGCGGCUGUUAUACAAAACUGGUCCAAUGGAGUCUCUCAGAAAGUGGUUCUACAAACCAAAGAGGGACGACCGCUCGCUUCUAGCGCAGUUCUUCUUUGCUGAUGAUGCGCUCAACAUGGUCGCGGCUGAGUUGGACUCGUUCGAUGGCCGCAAGGACCCUGAACGGUGCUCCACACUGGUCAACCAACUGCGGCAUGCCCAGGACCGAGUGCUGAACAUCACGAGCCAGAUAAUGGACCAGCUAUUGGGCGACGAACGGGUGGCGCGAGGUUUCCGUGUCAAGUUUCCAGAAGACGUGCUGCAGGAUAACUUGGCUGGGCAGCUUUGGUUUGGUGCUGAGUGCCUCGCAGCCGGUUCAUCAAUCAUGAACCGCGAGGAAGAGUCCGCCGCCAUGCGGCCUCUAGCUAAAGCCCUGACCAGAAGCCUGGAGACCGUCAGGUCUUUGCUGAGGGAGCAAUGCCUUCGACCACGAGGCCUCGCCUUGUCGCACCGGGAUGAUAUGCUGCACGAGAGCUUGAGGAUAUUUGACAGACUAUUUGCGGAGUUCGAGCUGUGUUACGUCAGCGCGAUGGUGAACGUGAAGACACCACACGAGUUUGAAGCGCAACAGCUGAUCUGUGUGCUGUUCUCCGAGAGCCUGCGGAGAGCCCUCAAACAGAAUCUAUUGACUCAGGAACAGGUGGAUUCCUACGACCCAGCGCUAAUGUUCGCAGUACCCCGCCUGGCCAUCGUAAGCGGGCUCCUUAUAUACUCCUCAGGGCCUCUUAGCAUAGACAAGCCUCCAGAAGAGAUGUCAGACAUGUUCCGUCCCUUUCGCACGUUGUUGCACAAGAUACGCUCGCUGCUCUGGACGUUGGACCGGCGGGAGCUCAUGGCCCUGGAACGACUGCUUUGCACGAAUGAGGAUAUAUCCAGCUUGGCCGGGUUAGAUUUGCCGAGUGUGACGGAGCAUCCGAGCGACUACCAAUAUCCUGAUAUUGGGGAGUUCGUGACUAGGUUCUACGCUGAUCACGCGCAUUGCCGCGACCUGUAUACUCAGCCGAGUUCAAGCGAACCAACGAUAACAGACAGCGACUACCUCCCUGACAACAUCGAAGUGAUGACUCCGAUCAUCGACGGCCUGAGACGUUUGAGCGAAGACACUGAGACUGAGUCCGAGCCUGAGCCUCGCGAGACCCCUGAGACAUUCCACGAAGAACGACGCAAGACUAGCAGGGCGGAAGACUUAGCGUCCCUGAGGAACCUCUCCACAAACGGCCUUAACAUGUUCGAUCCUCUAGUAAUCAACGCCGCCGCUUCAACCUCAGACGCUAGACAACUCCCAGACCACGAUUUAGUCACGUCUUUAAACGAACAAGUCACGGAAAUAGCCGACCGUCUCUCUUCCAUAGCCACAAGCGAAGUCGACAUAGUAGAACACAGAGAUUCCCUACAUUCGUUCUCGACUAAUGAUGUCCCUACUUUGAUUUCUACAGAAGACGAAGCGUUCGGCUUCAACGGACCCAGAAACGAACAGCUCAGCUGCAUACCUUCCACUAGUCACGGAUACCUAAUACCAAACGCAAUAAGCCAAGAGCCCGUAGUGCUAUCCCUCUCACACAACAACUCUGCCGUAUUCAACCAAGAGGAAGAGAAUAUAAACGGCGCGAUACUAAACGCUGAUCUCCCACUAAUAAUACCAGACAAUAUCGAUUCGGAAAUUGUAAAUACUAAUAUAUCUAUAGCUAACGCUAAUUUAAGUUCUUUACUGCUAACCAAUGAGGAAUAUAGGCAUAACUUUGUAGAUAAUGACGGUGACAAUACCAGUUUCCAUUCUGCCGCUAUGACGAUAGACAGAAGUGAGGAGGACAGGGUGAAAUUCAUGCUUGGUUAUGAGAGCGAGCAUGAAUCGCCGGUCGACUCGGGGGUCAGUACUGAAAACGCUAGCUUAGAUAGAUCGCCCGAUACAGACCAAAGCAAAGACAUACAAUCUACUCACUAUAUGGAACAGAACAGGGUACUAAAUAGUCCGGACGUCGAUAGAAAAGACACGGCACUAGAAGGGUCAUUCUCUGUAAAUAAUGAAAGUGUAAAUAUUAAUUAUGUUGAAGAAGAUCAUCAGAAGAAUGAGGCCGGGUCGUCUGUGAGCGAAGCCGCGUCUUCUAGAUUGCAAGAUUGGGGUGCGAAUACCCCAGAACAGGAGUACAGGAGUAUAGACGAAGUGAUAACAGAAUUGAGAAGACAGAGAGAGAGUGAUAAGAAAUUGAGUUCGUUAGUAGAAGAAGAUACUCCAGAGCCGUCGCAGAGUAGUUCUAAGAAGAAGAGUAGGAAGAGCAGUAAGAGUAAGAAAAAGAAGAAAUGGUCGCCGGGUAUUGUAAUAUUGGAUAACAGGACGCAAACUCAAACCCCGUUGAAGUUGAAUUUGGAUCAUUUUGUUGACGAAAGCGGCGCGACGUGCGGCGAGGGGUGCGCGGAGGACGAGCAGAUCGCGCUGGCGCUGCAGGCGCAGGAGCUGGCGGCGCGGCAGCAGGCGCGGGGGAAGUUCAAAUCGAGUGAAGACCUGAUCCACAGACUAUUCGUCUGCAUAGCGGGCGUGGCGGACCAGCUGCAGACCAACUUCGCAGCUGACCUGCGCAACAUCCUUAAAUCCGUGUUCGUAAUGAAUCAGACGCCCGAAGCGCCAGACACACCUGACCCGCCGCCCGAUGUGUCGCCCGACAAGCCGCAGACCAUUGAGUAUGAGCCGACCGAGGAUCAGGUCAUACAGAACGGAAGCUCAUACGACAGCGUGUAUUCGGCAGAAGAGGUCUACGCUGACAGCACAUCAGACUCGACACCUUCGGAGACGAACACCCGUCUGGUCAGGAGAAACACAGUCAAUGCCACCACUAUAGAACAACCAGCUCAGAGCGAAGCCAGGAGGAAAUCAGUUGAUACGAAUCUUCAAGCUUCGGUCUCCACUGGGGAUCUUACUUUUAGACAGGAGCGGUCCCGCUCGUCGUCCCCGGUGGAGCGCGCCCCGGAGUGGGUGCCCGACAUCGCGGCGCCCGCCUGCAUGCGCUGCGCCGCCGCCUUCACAGCCUUCCGGCGCCGGCACCACUGCAGAAACUGCGGCAAGGUCUUCUGCGCGUCGUGCAGUUCAAACUCCCUCCCCCUCCCGCGCUACGGGCAACUGAAGCCAGUACGAGUCUGCGAGGAAUGCUUCCAGAGCAUCGCGCACCACUGCCGGCGCCCACAACCCUCGCAUCACCACCGGUGAAACUUGACCUGUGGGUCCUACUGUACUCCUUUGGCGACUGGGCUCUUCUUAGUCCGGCCUCGACCACCGGUGAAAUUUGACCUGUAUGUUCUACUGAGUAUUGUUCGUGAAAGGGCUCUUCUUAGUUUGGCCAUUCAGUAAUGUCUUCCACCUCCACGUACUGGACGUCGUCGUCUCUCUAGCGUUGUCCAGUUUUUACGGGGUCCGGUUAACUAACCUGAAGAUUUGAUAGGUCCGGUUUUUUACAAAAGCGACUGCCUGUCUGCACAAUCUCCGAAAGGAAAUCUAGACCAAUUUCUCGGGAAAAUGUGGACGAUAUUUUCCUUCACCGCUGAUCACAUGAUAAUCUCUAUGCAUUAGAUAAAUAAGAAAAUCUCCUUUGGUCAAAGAAAUUACUAAUAUCAUGACAUAUUAAUUUUCCACUGACCACACAACUAACCUAUAAAUGACGUUAUUAACAAAGACUUUAUUUGACUUUCUUUAUAGACAAUAAUAUUAUGUGUGCCCAAAAAAUAUCUAAUCAAAAACUAAGACUGGUUUAGAAAAAGAACUAGAAACUUGACAAUUUGUUGGUACAAAUUAUGGUUCAAGUGCACUAAAGUCCUCCCGUCACAAUACACGCAUAUUAUGGCUUUAUCUAAUGAAGACAACGGUAUUCUAAACACUUUGUUUCUUAAUAAUUAUGCCGAAAGUAUGCGAAAGAUCAAUACAUGUUCUAUUAUAUUUUAUAAGCUACGCGUCCUUGAAUGGAAUCUGAGCGGAUAGGCUAUAACCACACCCCGGACACUAAUAAAUCUCAUUGUUACCGUGUGGCGUCUCGCGUAAGUGCGAGCAAGACACUGUCCGCGCUCUCUCUCUUAUUACUUAGCAGCCAUUUUAGACUAAAGUAAGACCCAGAGGGGAAAAGGUCCGCGCCCGAUAUGAAUGGGUGCGGGCCAGAGAGUUACCAUUCUAUACGCUGUAUUCUUUUUCUGUGAGCAUACGGAGCUGUGGCAUUUAACCUUUCGUCAGCCGAAGCACGGAACCGUGCUACCUGCCUCGAAUGUCUAAGCACGGAUCCGAUACUCGUCUACCUAAGCCUCUGUUUACUCAAUUUUGGACUAUUAAAGUUCCCAUAGCUACGUCUGGCGCGGAUUGGACGAUCUAGGAAACACGGUUCUAUUGAUUACUGAACCAAUGAAAAGUAAGAAAUUCUGAUACUCCGUUCGCUCCGAUUCUAUUCAAGACGAGUAGUUUUUAAAAGACAAAAUCUCGUGGUGCAUGUCGUACUAAGAAGAGUCCUACAAGUGUGCUCGGUUUCGAAGUAAUAUUUCUCUCAUAGUCUGCCUAGAGUUUACGUCCAAUAUAUCCUUGUAAUUUUCAAUUUAAAAUUACCCACGUGAUAUUCGACAUGUUAUUCCAAUUUUACUAGCCCUCCUUAGAUUGUUGACUUUAAGAUGUUGCUAAAUAAAUAAAAAUAUUUUUUCCAUUUUGACUGAGUUAGUUUUUUGGGUGGUUCCUCAAGGAAUUAGGAAAGAAAGCUUUAUGAUGUAAGAUGUUCCUUCAUUUUGAUUAAAAGUACCAAAUCAAUAUCUAAAGCAGACCUGAAGGGUUAAAAAGUCUACAUGAAUCCACAUUCAAUUGACAUUUGCGCAUAUAAGAUUAAGUGUGCAAUGCCAACUUUCAAAAGGCAAUAUUGCUUUUUAGAUGAAUUGCUUCGAUGUGUUUUUUUAACUUCCCUGAAACGCGCUAACGAAGUUUUCUCAAAAAGUUGUAUUAAGGCAACUUUGUAGCGAUAUCAUCUAGAAAACUAACAUCAGUCGAGAGUUAUUUGUUGAAGUUCAGUUUUGAUAAAUAUAGCUCUCUAAAUAUUAACUAUACUUGUUACUGCGUAUUGUUUACGAUUUUACAUUUAUAAGAAACUCAAUGUGGAGAAUUAAAUUUUUGAAAAUAUAGACAAACGGGACUUACGUCUUUGUGUUGACUAUGUAAAUACUUCGUUGUCGUUUAUAAACAUGGCUGAAAAUCAUACUUAUUUUUACAUAGAUAUACUUCAAAUCAAAAAACUCAAAACACUUCCCAAUUUCGGUUCAACAUAACACGAAUUUCUAUCACUUUUAAUUAAGAAUUAGAAACCUUAAAAUACCCACUGUUAAAUGUAAUUACCUACUUUUUAUUCCUUAUUAGGUCAUAACCUCCCCAGAGUAGGCUACUUGAAAAUUUCGUUAAAAGAUAUUUUUUUACGCAACGUCAAAACGAAAGUUUUCUUUGGAGUUUGUUGAACGAGGUACUAAAUUAUUAAAAAAAUAAAACACUGUUCUUUUUUGACACGUUCUAUAUGUAAUAAAUUUCUUAAAAAACAAUAGUAAUUGUCUAAUAGUGAAAAUCCAAGCAUCCGCAUCCAAGUUGUAUCUAUCAUCAUCUGUGUUAAUUUGUUUUGUAUGUUGUGUGCAAUAAAGUAUAUUUGAUUUGAUUUGAUUUGUAAAUGUUUGUUUCCUUUUGUUGGUUGCCUGGAAGAAAUUGCUCUAGAGCAAUAAGGCCGCCCAAAUUGUACUGUAAUGUAUAUUGAAAUUUUAGUUCGGUGCAAUAAAGUAUAUUUGAUUUGAUUUGAAAACAACGUAAGCGCCUUUUCGAAAAAUUACGUCAUUCUGAUGUGAUUUUCUUAAAAAAAAACCUUGAUUUCUUUCUAUUAAUUCCAACCCAAGUAAAAAUUGAGACAUUUUUUACUUGGAUUAAAACUAGCUUGUCUAUUGCAAGGUUUUGUUAACAAAAGUCACAUCUAAAAAUGAUUUUUAAAAAAGGCGUUACCUAUGUGACCCUGAAACCACGUAUGCGCCUAGGCAUAUAUAGGCAUAUUUAUCUAUAUUUUUUUAAAUCCUCGUUGGGUUUCGUAUAAAUGUAUCGACAAGUGUCUUGUCUUUGCCCCAAAGUUAACAAACCCUUUAUUUAUAGGUACUUUCAAAUAAAUCUAUUUUUAAGAUUACAUUAUAACGAAUGAUUAUAUUUUUAACAUAAAUACUACCUUGUUAUCAUAAGUGAAUAAAAUAAACCAAUAAAUAAAAAUAUCCUUUGAAAAGAUUCCAUAAUUUUUAUAUUCAAAUUGUUAGUAUAGGUCACGUUUUAUUGUUAAGUGUAUAAAAUGAUAAAAAAUGUAUGUAAAUUUUGUAAAGGUUACGUAUUGUUAGUUCUCCGUACCCAUUUUAGUUGUCGAUAGAAAUUUUAGCCUAGAUUUUUUGUAUGUUAUGGUAAAUACAAAAUUGGUUAUUGAUAUAUGUAAUUGUAGACCAUCACAAUGUGUGUGAUACGACACUGUUGCAGGUUUUGUGUAAAUAAAUACCAUAUUAUUAGCUCA